CCAAUCAAAUCUGCCAUUGAUAUUUGACUUCUACACCAACACCAACCCCUCUCUCUCUCUCUCAUUUCCUUUGAAAUCCACGCCCGCCCGCACGCCUGAUAUACAAAACAAUACACUUGCUCUUGCUUUCCAAACAUAACAAAAAAUGGGUGGAGGAGAGCGCAAGGUUUACACACUUGCUCAGGUCUCUGAACACAACACCCCAAAGGACUGCUGGCUUGUCAUUGAAGGCAGGGUAUUUGAUGUGACAAAAUUUUUGGAGGACCAUCCUGGUGGUGAUGAGGUCUUGUUGUCAGCAACAGGAAAGGAUGCAACUGAUGAUUUUGAGGACGUGGGCCACAGUAGCAGUGCAAGAGCAAUGAUGGACGAAUUCUAUGUAGGAGACAUUGAUUCAGCAUCCAUCCCCACCAAAACUAAGUACACUCCUCCCAAGCAGCCUCACUACAAUCAGGACAAGACACCAGAGUUCAUUAUCAAGGUUCUCCAGUUUCUACUUCCCCUUCUAAUCUUGGGUUUGGCCGUUGGCAUUCGCUUCUAUACAAAAUCUGCACCUGCAUAAUUAUUGAAAUCACAAGAAAGAAAUUAGAAAGACCUUUGCAAUAAGUCAUAUAAGUGAUGGAUGAUCCUUGUUUUAUCUUUAUGUUUGGGACUCUAAAAUCAGUGAUGGUAGGAUAUUUCACUUCUUUCUGGCAAUGAUUAUGUACUUGUUUUCCUCUAUGCCAGUGUAAUUUUCCCUCUGAAAUCUCAGAUGUAAUCUUCUGUCCUUGAUGUGCCAUAGGUAAAGUACCAUGAUCUUAUUGUUUGAUAAUAUUACAAACUUGAUCCGAUGAGAAAAGGUUCUGAACACCACA